AUGUCCAAGCCCGUCUACACCCUCGCCGAGGGGCAGCCUCUGCCGGACCCCUCCGUCAGCACCACCCUCCCGACCUUCGGCGGUGGUGCCAUCACCACGCUGGGCGACACCUUGCUGCUCGAGACGUUGGCGCAUUUCAACCGCGAGCGCAUCCCCGAAAGAGUGGUGCACGCCAAAGGAUCCGGCGCCUGGGGUGAGUUCCGCGUCACCAACGACAUCUCCCACCUCACCUGCGCCAAGUUCCUCGGCGGCGUGGGCAAGAAGUGCCAGGUCCUCUUCCGGUCCAGCACGACGGGCGGCGAAAAGGGCAGCGCCGACACCGUGCGCGAUGUGCGCGGGUUUGCCGUCAAGUUCUUCACCGAGGAGGGCAACCAUGAUAUCGUGGGCAACCAUGUCCCCGUGUUCUUCGUCCGGGACCCCGUCCGCUUCCCCUCCCUGAACCGCAGCCACAAGAAACACCCGGCCACCGGCCGCGCCGACAUGAACAUGUACUGGGACUUCCACUGCAACCAGCCGGAGAGUGUGCACACCCUGAUGCACGUGUUUGGCUCUCGCGGCACCCCCGAGUCAGUGCGCCGCAUGACGGGCUUUGGAAUCCACACCUUCAAGCUGGUGGGCCCCGACGGACGCUUUCGCUACUGCAAGUUCCACUUCCGGCCGGUGCUGGGCUCCCACAACAUGACCCCCGACGCGGCCACCCGCCUGGCAGGCGCGAAUGCCGAUUUCCAUAACCAGGACCUCGCCGAUGCCAUCACCCGUGGCGAGUAUCCGGUGUGGAAGAUGUACGUCCAGAUCAUGGAGCCGGAGCGGGCCGAGACCUAUGGCCGGGCCGUCUUCGACAUCACCAAGGUCUGGCCGCAUAGGGACUUCCCCCUGAUUGAGGUCGGAGAGAUGACCCUCAACCGCAAUCCCGAGAACUUCUUCGCCGAGAUCGAGCAGGCGGCCUUCUCUCCCUCCAACCUGGUCCCGGGCAUUGCCGUGACCCCCGAUCCGAUGCUCCAAGCCCGCAUGUUCGCCUACCCUGACGCCCAGCGUUAUCGCCUGGGUGUCAACUACCCACAGCUGCCGCCCAACCGGCCGAUCUGCCCGGUGUAUGCGCCGUACGAGCGGGACGGUCUGGCGACGACGACGCGCAACUAUGGCGGAGACCCCAACUACGUGACCAGCACGCUGGCCCCCGGCGUGCGCAGCGAGACGGUCCCCAACGUGCGCCACACCGAGUGGCUGCGGUCGGGCGCCGUGCUGGGCCUGAACGCGAUCCCCGUGGACGACGAGGACUUCGUGCAGCCGCGGGCCCUGUGGAACGACGUCUUCGAUGAGGCGGAGCGCCGCCAGUGGGUGGCCAACGUCACGGCGUCGCUGGAGGGGGUGCUCCCCGAGAUCCAGCAGGCGACCAUCGCCAUGUUCAGUCGGGUCGAGCCGCGGAUCGGGCAGAUGAUGGAGGCAAAGCUGAAGGGGAGUGCCCGUUUGUAA